AUGCGGAAUGGGAACCCGCCCCUCACUUCUUCAACUCCGAGCUUCUCCGAGUUGCAAUAUGAAGAAAUCGGGGAGAGUAUUCCGCAGUCUGACCCCGAUGUCGAUCCUUGGAAUUUCCCGCUUUUUGAACGGAAGUCUCUCCCAUUUGACAGGCUCGGCAUUAUGAGCAGACCUUCGCUGGUUCCUACAAGCCAGGGGAUGAUGAUCCUCCGUUAUGACAAGCUUACUUGCGGGAUCCUAUCUGUGAAGGAUGGCAUGGCCGAGAACCCAUGGCGCACCCUGGUCUGGCCACGUGCCAAAGAUAACCAAGCCUUGUAUCAUGCCCUCCUUGCCCUUACUGCUGUUCACUCCUCGAAACAGGACCCAUCCCUUCGAGUUCAAGGUGUGUCACAUAUGCGCCAGAGCAUAACCAGUCUGGUAUUACACAGCCAAGGUAUGCGAGCAGAUGCUGUCUUGGCUACGAGCUUGGCACUGGCGUUUGCAUAUAUGAGGGAUCGACACACUAGAACCUGCAUUCAGCAUUUGCGCGACACGAAAGCGCUGGUCAGUCGGGUCCUGGAUGAAGGACUUGAGAGCAAGGGUCGUGGCAACGACCUGGACCGAAUCCAUUUUCUCUGCAAUACAUGGUCUUAUAUGGAAGUAACUGCAAGACUGACCUCCAUAGACGACUGUGGAAGACCGGAUCUCGAUCUCCCUGUCUUCCAUCUUCCUAUUGAUGCGGUGCAUGAUAUUGAUCCGUUGAUGGGUUGUACUACCACGCUGUAUCCGCUGAUGGGCCGAGUGGCAAAUUUGAUUAAGCAUAUGCGCAAAAGCUCGUACAAUACAGUCUCUCUCGUUGCGCAGGCGAUGGAACUCAAAUUAUAA